AUGUCUGUGGACGUGGGCUUGUUAGCAGUGUUGGAGAAGAGCGUAUCACCAGUUCAACAGGAAUUGGAAGCUGCACAGCAUUUCCUCGAGAAGGCUGCGGAGGCAGAUCUCGUCGGAUUGUUGCGACAGCUGAGUGAUGUUCUAUGCAACGCAGAAUGUUCUCCGGUGGUUCGGAUGCAGGCUGGUCUCCAGCUUAAAAAUGCGUUAUAUUCCAAAGAUGCCGACAUAAAAUCCGUGUAUCAGCAGAGGUGGCUACAGUUAACGCCGGAUGCACGUCAAUACAUAAAGAAAAACUGUCUGGCUGCUCUUGGGACAGAAACCACUGCACACAGUUCUGCGGCUCAAUGUGUUGCCUACAUUGCUUGCGCAGAACUCCCAGCCAUGCAGUGGCCUGAUUUAAUGAAUCACUUAGUUGAGAAUGUGGUGACAGCCAGAAGCUCAGAAGCUUGCAAGCAUGCAACUCUCGAAACGAUUGGAUAUAUUUGCCAAGACAUAGAUCCCAAUAUAUUAGUGAGUCAGUCAAACGCAAUUCUGACAGCUAUCGUGUGUGGAAUGAAGAAAGAAGAGCCAAGUGAUAAUGUUCGCUUGGCUGCAACAAAUGCCCUCCUCAACUCCUUAGAGUUUACUAAGCAUAACUUUGACGUCGAUAAUGAACGAAACUACAUUAUGCAAGUUGUUUGUGAGUCUACGCAAUCGCCCCAUCCGCAAAUCCGGGUUGCGGCACUCCAAUGUCUUGUGAAAAUAAUGUCGCUAUAUUAUGGAUACAUGGAAACCUACAUGAAGCAAGCCUUGUUCGCAAUUACCUUGGAUGCCAUGAAGGACAGUAUACCCGAAGUUGCCCUACAAGGAAUUGAAUUUUGGUCCACUGUCUGUGACGAAGAAAUCGAUCUCGCCAUCGACGCUGCGGAGUGUUAUGAGAAAGGUCAACCGCCAGCUGUAUCCAGUAUGUUCUACGCUAAAGGCGCGCUGCAGUUCAUCACCCCAAUAUUGAUGGAGAUCCUCGCUCACCAGGACGAGUCAAUGGAUGAUGAUGAAUGGAACCCAAGUAAAGCCGCUGGUGUUUGCCUCAUGCUUUUGGCACAAUGUUGUGAAGAUGCCAUCGUCGAUUUGGUGAUUCCGUUUGUGAAAGAAAACAUAAAGAAACCAGACUGGCGCUACCGAGAUGCUGCUGUUAUGAGCUUCGGCAGUAUUUUGGAAGGCCCCAAUCCUACUGCGUUAAAGCCCCUCGUGGAGUCCGCGAUGCCAGUUAUAAUCGAACUUUUGCGGGAUGAGUCAGCGGCUGUGCGUGACACGGCUGCAUGGACAAUCGGUCGUGUUUGUGAAACGCUUCCUGAGGUUGCCUUGCAAGAUGUGUAUCUAGUUCCCUUACUGAGUGGUUUGGUCGAGGGGCUUUCCUCCGAACCACGAGUUGCAGCCAAUGUCUGUUGGGCCAUUUCGAGUUUGGCGGAGAGUGCCUACGACGUGGCUUCUGGAGAAGUGGCAGAUCAUGCUGGCGGUUCCGGCGAGCCGAAAACGUACGCACUGUCCCAAUAUUUCAACGCAAUUACGGAACGACUUCUCGCCACAUCGAGUCGACCGGAUGGUGGACAACACAAUUUGCGAAAUGCUGCUUAUUCCGCUCUCAUGGCACUAAUGCGCUCCGCCGCUCAAGACUGCUACGGAGAGGUGCAACGCGUCACAGUAGUUGUUCUUGAACGGUUGGAAUCAGUUAUUGGACUUGAGAAUCAGUUGGCCUCCACACAGGACAGAGCUCAGUUCAAUGACUUGCAGUCACUGCUCUGUGGAACUUUGCAAUCGGUCCUUCGUAAAAUCAGCAAAGAAGAUGCACCAGCUAUUUCGGACAAGGUGAUGGUAGCGCUCAUGUCCAUGUUCCGCUCCACAGCCAUUUCUGUGGCUGAAGGUAGUGGUGAUCAAGCAUUGGUAAAUGGAGAACGUAAAAAAACUCUCAAUCAGGGAGUACAUGAAGACGCUUUGCUGGCCGUUUCCGCCUUGCUCGAAGCUGUUGGAGAAGCAUUUCUCAAGUAUCUGGAUGCUUUCAUGCCUAUCCUUGUCAUGUGUUUGCAAAAUUUCCGUGACACACAGGUCUGCGUAAAUGCCGUUGGACUUCUGGGGGAUAUGUGUCGUGUGUUGAACAAACACAUCGUGGGCCAUUGUGAAGGUCUAUUUGUCAUAUUGAUGGAUAUUUUGCAGAAUGUCAAUGCAGAUAAGUCCCUAAGGCCAGCUAUCAUUUCCACCUUCGGAGAUUUGUCUCUUGCACUGGGCUCGGAAUUUCUUACCUACCUUCCGUUAGUAAUGGAGACGCUGAAGCAAGCCACUCAAGCCGAAGUCAAUCUGACCGAUCCGGAUAUGGUUGAAUACUUGAAUUCGCUACGCACCAGUUGUCUUGAAGCGUACACAGGCAUUGUUCAAGGUCUGAAGGGAGACGGGCCCCGAGCAACCGCAGCACUGGAAUUUGUCGCCUCCCAUGUACCUCAUAUUCUGUCUUUCAUCGAACACAUCAAUGUGGACUCCAUCACAACGGACGAAUUGAUUUCGGCAUCCUGUGGUUUGAUCGGGUACGUUUAUUCUCUACUUUCAAGCGAUUUAUGCCGUCUUGUACUGAUUCACUUUAUGAGUGGCUUCCUAUGGUGUCUUGAUACUGUCAUUUCUCAUAUC